CCUGUUUUGCAGUGUUCACCCAGUUUAGAUGCAUUAAUUUUGCUUCGGCGCUUUGUCUAAACAGAGGCGUAUUUCUGCAGUUGCCUUUUUGUGUGCGUUUUUCAAACAAAGACGUAAAGACAAUAAAAGAACAAAAGAGCUUUACUGUAUAUCCUUGGAUCUAUGCAAUGAUGAGUUUAAUGAUAUGGUGGUUAUUGUGGCUGUUAUUUGGUCAAGGGUUCACAAUGAAAAUGGGUUGGAAUGAAGAACUUGAGUUUUGUGAGGAAGAAUGGAAGAAAUUUGUGGAGGACAAAAUUGAAAUCGAUUCGAAAUGCAACAAUACUCGUACACGUUGUUGUGUUGAGGAGAAGAAAUAUCUUUUGGAGCGAUUUAAAAUGUAUAGUGAAAUAUGUCCACUCGAAGGGACAUGUGGAUGCAGCCCGAUUAUUUUAAACUUUACUGUUUUCUUACACGUCCAUAAUGGUGAUAGUCGUCUUUUACGAAGAGCAAUAUCCGAAAAAUGGAAAGAAUUACAAAACUUCACAUGUUCACAUAAGUACAUAAAUGAAAAAAUAAAGAAGUUACAUCUUACAUCUUCUGUUAGCUUUGGAAUCAGACAACACAAAAUCGUUUACAAGUAUGUUUUAUACGGUGGAAAAAAUCACAUUUGUUAUGUUGUCACCAACGUGAACGUAAAACGAGAUACGAAUGGAUUUUUCAUCAAACAUGUUCAGUCAGGAAAGUGUGUUGGGGAUAAUUUACCCUUUAACAUGCUGAAUACAAUGAAUUAUUUUGAGGAGUCAGCUUAUUUUAAAUUUUUACAAUCUGGCUCCAUCAAUAGGUUGAAUACAACAAGGUGUCUUGUGAGAGAAAGAUACGGAAUUUAUGUGGAAUUAUCUGAUGGAAAUUUUAAUGGAGAAUGCGGAGCCAUCAAUGCCAUAACCCAAACAAAUUGGGGUGGUCUAUUCUAUUCACGCUAUAAUAAAUGCAUAGUAACUACAGAAGGUUUUCUCCACCUUAGACUGACCAGUUGUAAAAAUGAAGAAGAUCAGCGAUUCAAUUUUGGCUCAGUAACAUGUGAUGGAAAAAAUAUAUCGGACGUUAGUUGUUCUAAUAAUCAAUAUAUGGUGAUAAAAGUUGCAGAAUAUCGUGGAUUGCGAAAAGGAAGCAUUUGUGGCUACAGUUAUCACUACAGUUGUAGUGUCGAUGUAACCUGUGACCUUAAAAAUUACUGUGAUGGUGAAAGGGAAUGUAAUAUAACUGUUGAUGAUAAUCAUUUUCCUUCGAAUAUUUGUCCUGGUUUGGAGAAAUAUAUUUACUUUGAAUAUCAAUGUAACUACAAAAGCUCAGUAACAUGUGAUGGAAAAAAUAUAUCCGACGUUAGUUGUUCCAAUAAUCAAUAUAUGGUGAUAAAAGUUGCAGAAUAUCGUGGAUUGCGAAAAGGAAGCAUUUGUGGCUACAGUUAUCACUACAGUUGUAGUGUCGAUGUAACCUGUGACCUUAAAAAUUACUGUGAUGGUGAAAGGGAAUGUAAUAUAACUGUUGAUGAUAAUCAUUUUCCUUCGAAUAUUUGUCCUGGUUUGGAGAAAUAUCUUUACUUUGAAUAUCAAUGUAACUACACAAUUAUGGAUGUACGCCUGUCUAAGUCGAAUCUUCCGAACGAAGGUGUCGUGAAUGUUAUUACCAAGUAUAGAAACUUCACCAUUUGCAACAAAGGUCUUUUGCACAAAAUAAAGACGAUUAUUUGUAAACAACUUGGUUAUCCUACCGCAGCAUCUGGGGGAGGCUCAAUGUCACUAUCAUCUUUGAUGCAUCAAUCGUUUAUACCUGGAAUUGUCAAAUGUGAUGCUCGAGUGAACGAUUUAUCUCAAUGUGCUAUCACUCAAAAUAAUGAUUGCUCUCAAUACUCGUACGUUGCAUGUCAUGUUUGUGAUAAUCCUCUAUUAAAAAACGCAGAAAAAUUCCCAGAUUCUUGGUUUACUGCCUUCCCAAAGAGUCGUAGUGCUGCUAAAGCAAGAAUAUCCAGUGGUAGUUCAUGGUGUGCUCCUGCUGCUAAUGGCAGUCAUUAUCUUCAACUGAAUUUUCCGAGUCUUUAUACAGUUAACGUUAUCACUAUCUUUGGAGACAGUUCAAGUUCAAGCUUUGUAACUAAAUAUCACUUGCAGACAAACAUUGAUGAUUUAUCUAGGAAACAAAAUGGUUACAAUGAUGCGGCUAUAGAAAAGUUUUCUGGUGGCCUUAAAUCCAAAGCUUUGCGAAUCUUUCCAUUGAAAUUUGUUGGUGCACCGUGUUUACGAAUUGAAAUUUGUGGUGGAGACUUACUCCCAGACAAACCAACAGAUCUCAUUGCAACCAAAUCUGCAUCGACGUACCUCGAGAUAUCAUGGAAACAUCCCAAAAAAACUGGUGUAAAACUUGGUACAAAUAUCUCGAAUCCUCUUACAAGAUAUCUAUUGAUUUUGCUGAAGGAUACUAUGAUUGUUUUUGAUAAAACUCUGGAGGUAACUGACAAAAAACCGUACAACAUUACGAAUCUUGUUCCUUACGCAACGUAUAAAGUUAAUGUAACCGCUGGCAAUUCUGAAGGCUUUGGUAGAUCAACUACAGCUACUUUUAGAACUGCUGAAGAUGUUCCCGAAGGUCCACCUUUAAAUGUUCAAAUUGUCGCCUUAAGCAGUUCAUCGUUAUCAGUUACGUGGGAGCCUCCAGACAAGAAGAAAACAAAUGGAAAGAUAGUCAAUUACACUGUUUGUAUUACACAUUUGGAGAAUGAAACCUGUUCAAUGAAGUAUAUGAUCGAGGAACAGCGUUUGGACAUAAAUAAUGUGAAACCAGGGACAAAAUAUUAUGUUCGUGUUUUAGCUUCUACAAUAGUGGGAUCUGGAUGUUACAGCAAUGUUACAUGGGUAUUUACAAAUGGAUUGGCACCUGAACUGUCCACCAAGCAGAUUGGAAAUACGUUGACUUAUUUGUUGCAAAAUCCAAAUGUGGAAUAUCGAUAUUUCUAUGUAGUCGCGAUGAAAAAUGUCACAGAAGAGAGUCGACUGCCUUCUAACUUUAAAAACACAGACUUAGUGACUUAUUCUAAGGCCAUAUCUUCCACACAACCAAUGCCGUAUAUUGCUGCUGUAGUUUCUCUCAGAGACUUUAAGCCUGAUUUUACACUUGGUGAUGGUGACAACACAACACGGCGUUCCAAUGGUGAAAAUUAUUAUAAUGGCCCGCUAAAGCCUGGCACUAGCUACAAAAUAUUUCAGCGCGUUUUCAUAAAUGAUCAGGGUGAUUAUUAUUCCACUGACUGGAGUCCAGUGGCAGCAACUGCCCAAAAGCACAAGUCUUCAGACGGUGGAAAAAUUGGAGCCAUUGCUGGUGCAGUUGUAGCUGCAAUUUUGCUCAUUAUUUUGUCAUAUUGGUCAUUCUUUUGUUAGGAUCAAUUCAAACUCUGCUACAGUGCAGUGAACUGCGUAUUGUAGUUAUUUGACGGCUACUAAAAGUUCUCAAAAAUG